AUGGAGAUCGCGGAAGGUCGACCCCGACGCGCGAAUGCAGGGAAUUUACUUCGCGAACUGCUUGAAAAGGGCCUGGAUUCGGGGGAAGAAAAACUUCUUCAGGAUUACGACGACGCAACGACGGAUAGCAGCUUUACUUCCCCCAGCGAUGGGGAAUCCGAGGACGAGGUUGACAGCGAUUUCUCCGACGAGGAGGAGGAGGGCACUCUCAAAGGCGAACUCGUUGAGACCGAGGCCACUGCUCGACGGGACGAGCGAAAGGAGCGGAAGGAGGAAAAACAACGGCAAAUUCGGCGUUUAGAGCGAUUUCAAUCCCUUCCAUCGAAACCUCGGGGGAAAUCACAGGACUGGCGCCCCACCCCACACGCCAAACAAACAACCGCCCCAACCGAAAACGCCGUCCACCAACUCGGCGAGGAGGGCGAGGACGAGACGACGGAUCUCCGUCGGGCGGUGCGGCAUCGCGCGCGGUCGACUAUCCCGUUGGCGACCCGCCUCGCGCAGGCCCACGCACGCGCACGGGAGGUCCGCCGGCAGGAGCAGCUUCUCGCGAACUCCCCAAACGAUCAAACGAGCCCAACGCCGUCCCCGGGAAGUCCCCAAAACCUAUUUCCAUCGGCUAAUUUAAAAAAAAGGGGGGAGUGGGGUCUGGUCGGAAAGGGGCCCAUGCAAGAAGUCGUUUGGCCUUCGCAGACGCUAGCUCAACCAUCACAGCUUCUUCUGCGCCGCAUGAUCGUCGGACGUGGUUGUAUGCGGGGCAGGUUCCUCAACGAGUAGGGUAUCAUAGCAGUAAAGCCAUGAUAGAGCGUUUCAAAGUUCCGGUGGUAAUCUCGUUUGGCAAACAACUUCCACCUGUAUUCCAGAAAUAAGGACAUCUCGCACGCGAUAAAAUUCACAAAAAAAAACAUGAGGGUGAAGGUUUCUCUUCCUUACGUGUGUGUUUUGUUUUUUCUUGUUUCUAUCCCAAAUGUUUGGGUUAUAUUUAAUU